GGGCGGGGUCACAGAACCCAAGCUUUAAAGUAAGGGAGUCAUGUGCAGCUCAUUUAAUUUUAAAGGAGGCCUCUGAGCAGAGCUUAGAACAAUUUUUUUCCUCUGAGUGCCAUUCCCCAAGGGUACUCACAGCACAAUAAGGUGUGACCGUAAUGGCUGCACUGAGUUGUCUUUUGGACAGUGUUAGGAGGGACAUAAAGAAGGUGGACAGAGAAUUAAGGCAACUGAGAUGUAUCGACGAACUGAGUUCCCGCUGCCUGUGUGACUUGUACAUGCAUCCGUACUGCUGCUGUGACCUACACCCCUACCCCUACUGCCUCUGCUACUCCAAGCGGUCCCGUUCCUGCGGCCUGUGCGACCUCUACUACCCGUGCUGCCUGUGUGACUACAAGCUGUACUGCCUUCGACCAUCACUCCGCAGCUUAGAGAGGAAAGCUAUCUGCGCCAUUGAGGAUGAGAAAAGAGAGUUGGCCAAACUCAGAAGGACGACCAACAGGAUUCUGGCCUCCUCUUGCUGCAGCAGCAACAUCUUAGGGUCCGUGAACGUGUGCGGCUUUGAACCCGAUCAGGUCAAAGUUCGAGUGAAAGACGGAAAGGUCUGUGUGUCAGCCGAGAGGGAAAACAGGUACGACUGCCUCGGAUCCAAAAAGUACAGUUACAUGAACAUCUGCAAAGAGUUCAGCUUGCCGCCAUGUGUGGACGAGAAAGACGUGACAUACUCCUACGGGCUCGGCAGCUGUGUCAAGAUCGAAUCUCCCUGCUACCCUUGCACAUCUCCCUGCAACCCCUGCAACCCCUGCAGCCCCUGCAGCCCCUGCGGCCCCUGCGGCCCCUGUGGCCCCUGCGGCCCCUGCGGCCCCUGUGACCCUUGCAACCCUUGCUACCCCUGUGGAAGCCGAUUCUCCUGUAGGAAGAUGAUCUUGUAAGGCAUAUGUUAGAACCUAUGUCUUAGCAGAAGUCAGUCCUCCAGCCAGGCAGCUCUUAAGCACUUUCUCUUCCCCUUCCCAUAGCCCAUAGUGGUUCAAGUGUAUAGGAAACUGAAUACAUAACUGCAAUCUGA